AGGGAAGGAGAGGAGAGAGAGAAGCAGUGAUCGGGAGGUGCUGGAAGGGAGAGGAAUGACAUCCGUUUUCUGUGAGAGCAACUUUUGAAGGGCCAACACUCGGGUAUUGCAGCGUCCCCUCACACAACUUUUAAUAGCCUGUACUGGACGUUACCAAGGUUUUCAAGGAUGUUUUAAUGGUUGCAGUGAUAGAUGAAGUAGUACUCUGCACCAGCAAUGCGCAAACCACCCAUGGACUGACCAAUCAUCGCGAGGGAGUUUGAAAGUAGUUCAGAUGGCGGACCGAAGCGUUUCAAAAUACGGGACCCGCGUUUGCAUGUGAGGCGAAGUUUGUCCAUCCAUCGCGUGUGUUCCUGCAAGUUUUCGUGUGUUGUGUAUGCAAAGGAGGCAAUCCCACGCAUCCCAUGCACUCUCCCCGCUGGUGUUAGGCGUGCAAAGUGUUAGAACUCGUGAAGCGAGAAAUGAAACGACCAGAACAUAACAGUGAUAAGGUGACCGAAAAAACUUGACUUUCUUCACGUGCUUGUAAACUCACUGCUGAAGGAAAGAGAUAAAACUGAUCUUUGUAACAUUUGUUUUAUAUUAUUAUAAAAAAAAAAGUUGCACAGGCAGCGAUCAGAGAGGAAACAAAACCUUUCUCUCCCGCAAUUGCCAGGAAAUGAAAAGAGAUUUGUCCCGUGAAAAAAGCCGCAGACGGGAAACAAGAAGAGAGAGAAAUGAAGAGAGGAAAAGAAAAUAGCAUUUGACACGUGAAGAGAGGAAACAGAAAAAGUGAAACAGCAGAAAGAAGUGAAGAAAUCAAGAACAAAAUCAGGAAAGCGAAGAAAGCAACAGAACAUCCUGAAAAGAAAACGGAACCUGAGGAUUUUGAAUUGCUAAGGGGACACUAUAAAAAUCCCAGCAUUCUUUAACUAAGCAACCAAAACCACAAAAAAAGAACCCAUAGGAAGCCCAGAGUGUCGAAAACCUGUUGAACACCACCUCUAGAACCUUUACAGUAUUACAAAGUGGUUCAGUGGUUCUAUUCUCCUCAAAUGGUUCACAAAUUAAUAUAUAUCACAUGGGGUGGUUCUGAGCGAGUGAACUUCAUAAUUUUUGCGCUUCAGAAUUCAUGUUACGAAGUGAACCGCGGAGGUGAACCAUUCGGCUUCGUGAACCGCUUAAGUAGAACCUGAUUGACGUCAUGUUAGUUCUAUUUGGCUUUCAGGGUGCAGUAGGACCAGUCUGAACCUCCCAUAAGACUGCACCUAUCCUCGUGAACCACUCUAGUGACUGAAGAACCACACAGAACCUUAUUAUAUCAAACAACCAUUAAAACAGAACUGUUAAAGCACUAUAUAGGUUUUAAACUCACCUUUAGAAUCCUGUAAAUUCACUGUGAACCAAUCACAAGACUGCUAUACUGUCGAGAACCGGCCUAGUGACUGAAGAACCGAACAGAAUCACAUUAUCAUAAAGAACCAUUGAAAUAGAACCGUUAAACACUAUGUAGGUCCUGAACUCUGACUCAGAAUCCAGUAGAACCACUCUGAACCACUCACAAGACUACUUCAGUGUCCUGUCGUCAGUAGAACCACCCAAGAACUGUCUGAGUGCUGGUUCAUCGCCCUCCCCCUAUCAGGAUCAAUGGCUGUGGGAUUCUCAAGGGUUCUUCUCUCUCUCCUGGUUCUAGCGGGAAUUGUGUCCGCCUCUUUUCCAGUGUUUCCUAGCCUGCUGCCUCCGUCCACUACCUUCGUCGGGCCGGCAGAGGAGGAGGAGGUGCGGGUCGAGGACAGAGCGUUCUUUCUGCAGCCAAACAACACGGAGUCUAGGGUACAGGUCGGGGCGUCCGUCACUCUACACUGCCCAGCACACGACGUUGGGGAAAACACUGUGUCAUGGAUCCGCCGGAGGGACUACCACCUCCUCACCGUGGGCGACACAUCCUACACCAGCGACGAGAGGUUUCAAGUGCGCUACGUGAAACAGGAGAAGGACUGGCAGCUGCACAUCCUGUACGUGCAAGCGCGAGACGACGGUGUGUACGAGUGUCAGGUCACCUCCCACCCUCCCGUCAGCCUCAUGUCAACUCUGCACGUGCACGAGGCCACGUCGGAAAUUCUGGGAGGCCCUGAAAAAUAUGUGAGGGUCGGGAGCUCCCUUCGCCUCGUGUGUGUUCUGAAGGGCAAUACAGAACCGCCUGCCUAUGUGUUCUGGUACCACGGGCGUCACAUGAUCAACCUUCCACGACACCAGGGAGGUGCGAGUCGAGAACAGUGGGGCACUCAGCGUUCUCUUCCUGUCUCACGUAUCAGCGAGUGACAGCGGUAAUUACACGUGUGCGCCAUCCAACACCCGCGCUGCGCACAUUCUCAUCCACGUGUUGAAAGGAGGAGAGACACCGGCAGCUAUUCACUCCGGAGGAAGGAAGACCAACACUCCUCCUUGCUUCCUCCUCCUCCUCCUCCUCCUCCUCCUGUUCCUCCUCUUCCUAGUGACCCUCGCCAGCGCUCCUUCCUCCCCCUUGCCGGCACAGCGCCACAGACUCCUGCACAGAGGCGACCACAGAGGCACUGGUCUCCUGAAACAUCCUUGCCUUCCUGCCUCCCCUCCUGCUGCUGCUGCUGAUGCUACCUCCUGCAGGACCUCCCCUCCUCAAGGGGACAAGACAAGUGAUGUGUAUGGCAGCAGAGGCGAGUCCCAAUAUACAUACACCUCUGGAUACCAUUAAUGUAUUCCCUGUGUAUAGUUCGCUUCAUGUUUACAUUAGUUAAGGUCAAGUGUGGCGAGUGUAUAAGGUACAUUUUGCAAUUAAGGUUUUGAUUUUUGUCAGGUUAAUUUUUCACAUGCAAGAUUAUUUAUUUAUUUUUUUUCUUAAUAUGCAGUUCUUUGUGAAAUGCUUUAUUAGUUGGAGUUGUGAAGGAAGUUAUUGUAUCUUCCUUUCACUUAUUUUUUGUGUGUGUGUGAAAUACAGUAAAAUCCCUCUCAUCCGGCAUUCGAGUAUCCGGCACAUUAUUCCCCAAGCCUUAAAAUCAAUAAAAAAUCAAUGUG